GCUGUGAUCACGUGUAGAGUCAGCUGAUUCAAUACCGGAAAAGCAUCACAACACCAACAAGGGUUCUCAUUCUGGUCAACAUUCCUUUUCAUAGCCUUAUUGCGGAUGGAGUCGACAUUGGAACAACAUCUUGACGACACCAUGAAGAAUCCAGCAGUGGUCGGGGUUCUUUGUACGGACGAGCAAGGACACAACCUGGCAUGCCGUGGAUCGCUGUCGGAUGAGCAUGGGGGUGUGGUGUCCGUUUUGGCCAAACAGGCCGCUGCUCUGACAAGAGACCCCACGGACACGCCCACCGUGUGCCUGGAGUCUGACUCUGGCAACAUUUUGGUGAGGAGUCAUGGCAGUGUCACAGUUGCCGUUCACAAGAUUUCCUCCUGAAAGCAAUUUGAGAUGUACAGAAAAUACUGCAAUGUUUGUGUCCCAAUCAUGUUUGUCUUUGACCAAGUGUGUCAGUCUGUAAUUGUUUAAGGAUAUGUACAAAAGCUGCAUCUAUGAACAAAGAUGCAUAUACUUUCAAAAUAAACUUGAUGAUGUGUGUCA